GAUAUAUACUCGAUCGUUUUCGAAACCACAUGCCCCUUCAUGGCGUCGUAGAAGUCUUGAUUCACUUUGACGAAUUUAGGAAUGUCGAUUUGUAUCAUCAGGGCUUGUAUCAGCUCCGAGUUCGGUUAUCUGUGCCGAAACAAAGGGAAUCGUCAGUGUCCAAUACCAAGCCGAGCUCGGUUGACAGCGCCACGCCGGUUGCUCCCUCAAAAGUCUUUGCCCUGCCGUACAAUUGGUUCACCAGUCGAUCGAAAGAUCCGGGCGAGCGGGCGAACAGCGAGGCGUCGAAGCCGAGCUUUCAUGACGUGAAACAAGCAUGUAUAUCUGAUAGUCAAGCAGCGUUUUAUAGCCGGAGUUUUCUGGUUCGAUAUUGCGAGGAACAGGUGCCACUCGGAGAUUUCUGUCAGUUUAGGUUGGAGCUCCCAUGUGAACUCCUUGUUCCGGAGAAAUCUUCCGUGACUAGCGAAACCGUCAUUGCAUGUGAUAUUGAUUUACUCUACGGCGAACUCAAAGCUUGCAGCAUCAACAGCAACAUAAAUUUGAAGUCUGAGAGAAUGCUGAAGGAAGCCACCACAGGGAGUGGUAUCGAAUUGAAAAGAGCUUCCACUGUACGACUACUCCUACAUCACAUUCAGGACGGCUUAUACGAAUGUGUCCCCGUGGUAUUCGACGAGGCUCAUUUCUGUUCAGUGAAAAUGCUGAUAUGUGCGACUCUCUCAGAUUUCAGGUUUCGGCUGCCGCCGCCUCAACCCGAGGAAGUUGUCAGUAGCGACGUACUCGUGCAAGAUACUGAGGCGGACAAUCUCAUUUUGGGAGCGCCAGUGGCUUUACGUUCUGUGGUCGAACCAAACACUUUGGAGGAGUUCCUCAAGCUCAAAGAAGCGAAAGAAGUUACGAUCAAUGCGAGUUCAUCAGAAACUGCUGCGUCAAUGACUUGUAGUGGCUCUUCUGAAUAUAUGCAUAUCAUGGAAGGAGCCUACGGUCAUCUCGAAUCAUUCUUUUAUGACGUCACGAGUCGAUGCUCGACCGGCUCUUUCAAGGUGUCACUUGCGGAAAAGCUGAGCAUUCCGCAUAACCCCCCUGAGGAAGCUGGUCCGAAGAGUGUUGCCGAGAUAAUGGCAACAAUGAAUGUUUUGGCUGUGAGCUCAUUUGAGCUUUGGCACAGGUUACUCGAGGUACUGGCCGUAUGUAGCAGGAAAGUGUGCGAUGAACUGCUCAUAGUGUGGGAACGGAAUACGAUAGAAAAGUAG